UCUCUGCAUUUUAAUGCAAGCUCAAGCAUUUUUUAUAGUAGAUAGAAAUGUUAAACACUUAAUCACCACCUUCAAGUCUCGUGACCAUGCAGUUUAGCUUACAAACUCUAUUAUACACUGCCUCAUUUAGCCCCGUUACAAUAUUUUCACUUAAUAGCAUGCGUUCCAAACCAUUUUCCUCAGAACGCAAGCCAAAUGGUGUGUUUGAGUUUUUAUCAUUUCACUCUUAAUGUAAUGGUUCUGCCCUUCCUCUUGGCUAUUGAAAAUGAAUCAAAUGAUUUAAAAUGCAUUGGGAGCAUGCAUUUACACAUUGAAGGACCAAAAUGGUCAUUUACCCUUUAAAUGCUAUAUAUGAAGUCACUGAAAUCAUUAAGGAAAACGUAACAUUUGUGCACUUGAUUGUCAGCCGAGAACAAUGAAAGAUCUCGUGCUAAAGAGAAAAAAGUAGUUCACAUAGUGGUGUUUUUUUUAAUCGGUGAGAAUAGAAAACAAGUAUUAGGGGAUUUAUAACAACUCACACACUCCUUGGUGCACAUAUCGCUCAUAUCGGUGUUUAAUUAGACAUUACACAGACUUUGAAUUUUUAUAGAAAUCUUUUACUUGCACCUAAAUGAAUGGAUGAAAAUUUUUAAGCCACUUGUUCUACUCUGCGUGGGCAUUGGUAAAACAAAUUUUAGUGUAUAUAUUAAAUUGACUGCCUUGUCAUGACAAUUAAAAAGCAAACGGAUUAUUAACAUAUACUACCUCUGUUUUUUUUUUUUUUUUUAUAUAUAAGAAACAAGUUAUAAUUUACUAUAUUUUUUCUUAUUUAAAGGAAAGGAGGUUGUAGUUUACAUACUAACAGCACCCUGCACAGUCACAAUAGGUAACAAAAAGAUUGUGGAUAAGCAUAAAUUAUCACGCAGAAGGACUUUGGGUUGAACUUAGUUAACAUGUGAUGAGUAUGUAUUCCAACGCAGUUCAAAUAUUAAUUAUGCAUAUACACGAGUCCUUGUCUUUAACUGUAGCCAUGACCUAAUACGAUAGUCAAAUGAAAACAUGUUAACGGCAGGAUGAAAAUAUUGCACUUUUUUCACUUCCAAAUACUAAAUCAGAAUUUUCAAUCUUUCAGUAAUCAAAUUGUAGUAACUACACUUUUAAAGACCAAAGUAAGUAUUUACCCUUCAUUUAACAUGGAAGUUUCUUAUUGGCUUUAAAUAUAUACGUUUAUCUUGCACUUUUUUGUCAUAUUGACGAUGAAGGAAAUAUUUUAUUUUAUGUACUGUUUUAUUUUAUCCACAAAGCUGACAAUAAGGAUUGAACUUAACUUAAGUUCUCACCAUUAGGCCGAUUCUAGUAAUUCCCAUGAUGAACCAAAUAUGCAAUUAGUGAUUUUAUUAUUCAGUUGAAUAAGUGAAUGUAGAAAUUUGAAGUGUUUGUGAAUUUCAUUAAAUAACUUGUUUAAGGUUUCGUGUAUGUACAUGCCAUGUAAAAAAUACAUGCAUAUUUGAAUUCGAGUUAGUAGAAACCGAAAAUACUACGCGUAACCGCCAACAAAAAUAAUCUUAUUCUAAUCAUAAAUAUAAACUCUCAAAUAAUACCUCAAGUUGAUAGGAGUUUUUGCCGCAGGCCUAGCCUAGGUACCUACUAAAUACAGAUACUUAAAAAAAGAAAGUCAAAUAAAAUUAAAAGAAAAAAGAAGAAAAAACAUUUGUAAGAAUAAUGCCACCUCAAACUUGGAUUAAUCUUAUCUACAAAAGUAUAGGGAUACAUCUCGUAGCAACUAAAAUAAAUAAAUAAUCUAUUCUCGUCCUCCCAAGUUUUAAGAAUAGAAUGAAUUUACCUUAUUUGCAUCUAACUCGUUCUUAUUUUCUACUUUACUAAAUUUUCUAAUCUAUAAGGCCAAUUACAAAAACGAAGAUUUAAGUCAAAGAAAGAAGUGAAAAAUGUUGUCUACGUCUUUUUUUUUCUUUUUUUUGUUAUUCCAACUUCCAAGUGAAAAAAAGAGUUUGCAAAACAAGGUAAGAACAAGUUGUUAUCCUUGUCAUAAUUACCUUGCAAAAGAUGACCCGAGUUCCUUUUCUUUCGUGUUAAAGAAAACCAGCUAAGAUUAACUAUGUUAAAAGUAAAUCCAUUUUGAUGCCCAAAACUAAAUUAAGUAAUCUUAUUCUCGUCACACACAAAUAUAAACAUAUUCUUCUAGUAUUGAACCCGAAUAACAACUUACAUUUUCAGUUCCAAAAAUUAAGCCACGUCGAACCAACCAUCAAUUCUGUUUUUUCGACAAUCUUUUUUGCAUGCAAAUUGUUGUGGAGAUUACUGUGUUGGUGCCCAAUUACAAAUCUCUUGAAGGAUUUGUAAUAGAGGGCCUAACCAGGCACCACCCCCACCAAGGCUUGAGAAAAUGGGUUGCCUUCCAUGCUGCAAGUCAAAAGCUGAAUCAUCCUCUUCAACUGCAUCCUCCGGCAAAAUUUCCAAAGGAAGGAGAACAUUCAAAUCUUUGGCUUCAGCUAUGUCACAUAAAACAGGUAGCAGCAGGCAAAGACGAAUAGAUGCAGAGAUAAGAAAAUAUGGAUCUGCAAAAAACGAUGUCAAAGUAUUCACAUAUGCACAACUUGCUGAAGCUACAAACAACUACAAUCCUGAUUGCCUGGUGGGCAAAGGUGGAUUCGGGAAUGUCUACAAAGGAUUCUUAAAAAGUGUUGAUCAAACUGUAGCUGUGAAGGUACUGAACAGGGAAGGAGUGCAAGGAACACAUGAAUUUUUCGCAGAAAUUUUGAUGUUGAGCAUGGUGCAACACCCAAAUCUCGUGAAGCUCAUUGGUUAUUGUGCAGAAGACCAUCAUAGGAUUUUGGUUUAUGAAUUCAUGGCCAAUGGGAGUUUGGAAAAUCACCUUCUAGACAUAGGUGCAUAUAAGGAGCCUUUGGAUUGGAAAAACAGAAUGAAAAUAGCUGAGGGAGCAGCUAGAGGACUUGAAUAUUUGCAUAACAGUGCAGAACCAGCUAUUAUAUACCGUGAUUUUAAAUCAUCUAAUAUACUAUUAGAUGAAAAUUUUAAUCCAAAGCUCUCUGAUUUUGGACUUGCUAAGAUUGGUCCAAAAGAUGGUCAGGACCAUGUGUCAACUAGGGUGAUGGGGACUUUUGGUUAUUGUGCACCAGAGUAUGCUGCUUCGGGUCAGCUUAGCACAAAAUCAGAUAUUUAUAGUUUUGGGGUUGUGUUUUUGGAAAUAAUCACAGGUAGGAGGGUAUUUGACGCUUCAAGAGCUACAGAAGAGCAAAACUUGAUUGAGUGGGCACAACCUUUGUUUAAGGACAGAACGAAGUUCACUCUAAUGGCUGACCCUUUGCUUAAAGGUCAGUUCCCUGUGAAGGGUCUAUUUCAAGCCCUUGCAGUGGCAGCAAUGUGUCUCCAAGAGGAAGCUGACACACGACCUUACAUGGAUGAUGUUGUGACGGCUCUUGCACAUCUAGCAGUGCAAAGAGUUGAAGAAAAAGACACAGCUGGUGAAUCUGUAAAAUGUGCCGGGCAUGUUGAAUAUUUUAAAGCUAUAAGUUCAGCUGGAUCUGAGAGGGCGUAGCUUCAUUGACCAGACCACAGACUAGGAUUACUGCAAAAUUGAAAAGCACACACACAAAAAAAAAUUGUUGUAGAAAGAUUGAAGUGCUUACUUGUAAUUCUGUAGGUGUAACAUCCUGCAGUUAAAUUUUAGGCUGUAAUUCUUCCCUAGGACUGAAAUGGGAUGCCUUUAAUUCAUCUGUUUUUUUCUUUUUUAUUAAGUUAUAUCAAUUUUCCCUUUCUAUUUCAUU